AUGGGGGACCACGACAUCGUCACCCCCGCCUACACAGAGACUGCCUCCACUGUCACCGUCACCCGCCUGCCCCCACCCCAGAACCCCCUAGCAAACCCCUUAGCUGAACCCCCAGUGAACCCCUUAACUGAACCCCCAGUGAACCCCUUAACUGAACCCGCAGUGAACCCUUUAGCUGAACCCUCAAUCCCAGUGAACCCCUUAACUGAACCCCCAGUGAACCCUUUAGCUGAACCCCCAGUGAACCCCUUAACUGAACCCCCAGUGAACCCCUUAACUGAACCCCCAGUGAACCCUUUAACUGAACCCCCAAUGAACCCCUUAGCUGAACCCCCAGUGAACCCCUUAACUGAACCCCCAGUGAACCCCUUAACGGAACCCCCAGUGAACCCCUUACCUGAACCCCCAGUGAACCCUUAUCUGAACCUCGAGUGA